AGUUCAAAAACAAUGAAAUUAGCGGGCUCCUCCUUUGGCGCCCUAAGAAACACAGUCGCUUCCUUUCUACUGAUCUUCUCCGAGUAGCUUCAUUUCCACGGCAAUGGCGUCGCCCUCCGAAUCCACUCUCAUUUCUAUGCUCGAAACGGCAGAUUCCAAGGGCAUUUCUUCUCUCGUCUCCGACUUCCUCCAGCCUUUCUCCGAUGCUAAAAAUCCCAAGAAAGGCAAGAGGUCAGCCAAGCCCAGCGACGACUCUUCGGCAAUCCGUUCGCUGGCGAAGAGGUUUCUCACUUUUCUCAAUCGUGCUCUAUCUAUUCUCCCCAAGCGACUCACCCAGCCUCCAAAACUGGGCAAUGAUCUCGACUUGGCCCUAGAAUUCUUCCAAAUGUACAAGCUCUGCUUGGGUUGCUUGGAAUCUUUGAUGUCGCAGCUUUCGUGUAAACCCUACACUGUUGAUGUGCAGAGGGUUCGGAUGGUGCAUUGCAUGGAGGAUUGGGGACUUUACAAGGACGCGGAGGUGGAGGGAUUUCGGAUUUUAGAGAGCCUUCGGGAAAUUGUCCUUAGAUCCAAGGCGGGAAAAUUGGACUGUCAGAUUUUUCCUGAUGUGGAUAAAGGCGGUGGUGAUAAGGAUUUUGGUUUGUUGUUGGUGGAGGUUGUUGUAACGAUUGUUAAGUGUACAGCUAGUGGUCGUAGCAAGGACAGUGGCGACUAUAGCAGGGUUCUUGGUUUGGUGGAGGAGGUCAAACCAUGGUUCAGGUUACUAGAUGAUAAAGUAUCCGAGAAGACUCAUAGAGCAUUGGUUACAUAUCUAAAUAAAUGUACUAUUUUCUUGGUAGAGGAGCUAGCUUGUUUUGGUGGGAGUCUCACAAGUCUCUUCUGCCGCACAACCUUGGCUGAAUAUGCCAAGUCAUCUUUGAGAGAUCAGAUUUACAAGGUAGCCCGUCGGAUAUGUUCCACUCUUUUCUCUCAACAUCUGAAAGAGGAUUCAUCUAUGCUCAUAUGUGUCUUAAAGUCUAUUACCCUAGAAUUGAAGGAGGAAAUUGGAUGUACAGGUGUUGAGUUUCUUCAACUCAUCUUUUAUUCUGCAAAUAAAUGCCAGAGUGCAAGUCCCGAUUGUUGUUGUGCCUUUGCCAAACAUCUUGAGGAUAUGGCAGGUGAUAUCCAUCAGGCAACAACACCAUUGGGAAUGAUUUUGAGGCUUUACGCUGCUGGGCUGAAAAUCUUUUCUAAAUUACCCAGAGGUGAGACUCAUGACUCUGCAUUUAGUAUUUUGGUUGAUGAUGGAGAAAGUAUGCAGGGUUUGGCUAACUUAAAUGGUUACCUGGGAAGUUACUUUCGUAUCGGCUGCAGAGAAGGUAAUGAGUCCUGCAGCAUUAAGCAAAAAGAUUUUGUCCAACCAUGUUCACAUUGGAACUCUAAUCAUGAGUUUGAGGUCACUUCUCUAUCGAGAAGGAGAGAAACUUAUUUGCCUUCUUACUUGGAUGCUAUCAAGUUCUUGUGCCAGCCGCUUGCUGAAUUAGUAAAUUCCGAGAGGAAAAAAAUUCUUGCUGAAGAUGAAGCUGCUUCUGUUUUGUAUAAUAUUCAGAAUACUUUGCAUCAGUACUGUGAUGUCUUUCUUUUUUGUCAAAGGCGUGCAUAUGAUGCUGAGAGAAACGGAUGUGAUGAGAAUGUAAAUAUGCUAUUAAGCAUUGUUGUGGCUGCUUUUACCCUGUCUUUUAGAACAAAACUGAACAUGAAGAGGAGCACGUAUUUGAUCAAGGAAAUUAUCACAAGCAAAUGGGUUCAACCUCUUGCCUUGAAACAUUUAUUUGCUUCUCUUAACAACAUUGGCAUAAUUUUGUACAGACAUAAGCAAAUAAAAGAGGCUUCAAAGGCAUUGAAGUUGUGUUGUAGAGCAUCAUGGACCUGUGUUAUACAUUUCUGUGAGAAGUUUGACGACAAGUCCAGGCCAUCAGAUAAUGAAUUUUCUGAAGAUGCUGUUCUAAGUUUUGUUAAUGAAAUGAUUAUGAGAAGUGCUUUCCUAGUUGAUAUUCUCUAUCAGUGCGACAUUUAUAAGAUAGAAAAAACAAUGGCCAAGAUUCUUGAGAAUUGGUCUAUUGCUGCAAAACUAUUUAAUGAGCUACCGAUUCCUGUGCAAUUGGUGAAACAAUGGGUUAAGAUGCAAUGCAAGCAUCAUAAGAAUGCAGAUCCCAAAACAACCACACCAACCUUGAAUUGUUUACUGCCACCUUCUGGGAUGAUGUCAAAGGCAAAGAUUGGUGCUCUCUUGGAGCAGGAACUUGUUGAAUACGAGGAAAUGAGUGUUCUGUAUCCAGCAUUUUGUCAACCAUUACAAAUGAAGAUCUUGAGUACUCUUCUAAGGGAUGUAUAUAUCACACCAGAUCAUAUGCUAGAAAGAGCUAGAGUGUUAAUUAAAAAGGCAAGGGCAUUGAGGUUUUGUGAAACUGUAUGUUUAGAGGAUUCUAUCCAGUGUUUGUCAGAUGCAAUAUCUACCAUGAAUGAAACUUCUAGUGGAACUUGCAGCUCUGGAGUUCUUCAUUGUCAUCAGUUAGCUGUGGCAUAUUGCUUACGUGCACUCUGUACUCAUGAGGCUGUACCAAAUUCAAAGCAAGUCUUGCAAGAUAUUGAUUCUGCAUUGAGCAUGUGGUUGGAAAUCUUAAGUCUGGAUUCCUUGCCAGAUGAUCAGCGCCCGAUACUUUCUGAAUAUAUGUUGCUGCUAUUGUGCAAUACUUUUGAUUUGUUAUCAAUCAAGGGUUGCAUGGAUUACCACCACAAUAUAUAUAGUCUCAUGAUUAGAUUAUUCAAAUGGAAAAACGUACAAUUGGAGAAGCUGUUGGCCAUUCUAUGGGAAAGUAGAAGAAUGGGCCACGCAAUGUGCACUGCACCAGUAAAUGAGAUGUUUAUAGCACAGCUAUCUGAGCAUCUUGGUGAGCUCCCCAAGAGUUUUGAUUUUUGGACAAACUGUCUGAAGACAUUGCCAGUAAUGCUUGUCGGAUUCCAGCAGAAUUUCUCAUUUUUAUGCUCAAAUUAUACCCAGAGUUCUUGUGAACAUGAAAAGUCAAUUCAAUUAUAUGUGACGGUUGAUGAGGCUAAAGAAGCUGCUUCGAAACUCAUAUCUCAUAUUCCUGCAUCCAAGAGUUCUAUUUUCUUUGCUGGAUAUCUUUACUAUGAUUUAUGUGAAAGGCUUAUUUCAGAAGGCUGUCUUACUGAGGCUCUCUCAUGCGCAAAAGAAGCUCAUCAACUACGUUCUAAACUAUUUCAAGAGAUGUUUAUGUACUCUGUUGAGCAGCAUCCUGAAAAAUAUUGUGAAAUUGCACACGUUAGUCAGAAGCCCGCAUAUGGCAUUAAGAAUCUUCGGAAAAAUGGAUCAGUUGCUCGCAAUGUAUGGUCAUUUGACAGAAUAUCAUGGGAUGUAGAAAGCUGCUAUCUUAGUCCUUUCAAUGUACUUCAGUGUUAUCUUGAAAGCACUCUUCAGGUUGGUCUUGUUCAUGAGUACAUUGGAAACGGUUCUGAGGCUGAAACUCUUUUGCAGUGGGGAAAAAGUAUCUCCUGCUUGCAAAGCUUGCCACUGUUUGAAGUUGCUUUCUCUUCUGCUUUAGGAAAAGUGUACAGAAAGAAACAGUUAUGGAGUUUGGCACAAAAGGAACUUGAAGGAGCCAAACAGAUAUUAACGGAUAGCAUUACAUCUUGUUUGAAGUGCAGAUUGGUACUUGAAGUAAUAGUUGAUCAACAUCUUGGGGAUUUGUUUCGUAGUAUGUAUGUAAAUGCUAAUGGGAAUAUAUCUGAAGAGCGAUUGAUAAAUGCAGAAAAGUUGUAUAAGUUAGCUCUUGAGAAACUGAAUCUUUCAGUAUGGAAAGAUUCUAUUAGUUGUCCAGAUGAAGACCGAUAUCUUUCAUCUUUGACAACUCAAGCGGAAAGGCCAAAGGCCAAAAGGGAUGGUAAAAAGUGUAAAAAGGCUAUAAAUACUUCUAGGUCUUUCCAAAUGGAUCAGUGCAUAAAUCCUCAGAGUAAUGUGAGGUUGACUCGCUCUAGAUGUCGGUCGAUUCAAAGCCAAAGCACAAGCAAUUCUAAUGAUGUAGAAGUUGACCUUUCUGUGCAUUUGAAAAGCAACGUUCCUGAUCGUUCUAGUGCUUCAGGCCAGAGGCAAUUGCACUUGCAAAUAAACAGUUGCACACCUACUUCCGUAUGUGGAGCAUCAUGCAAAAAUGGGAAAGUUGGAUGUUGGCAAUGCUUGCCAAUGGAAAUAACGGAAGCAGGACAAAUGAACAAUUUUAUAUAUCUCAAGUGGGAGUUUGUUCGCAAAAGACUUUUGUUGAGGCAACUUUCUGGCUUAGGUAAGUGCUUGGGGAUUCGUGGUCAAUUUCAUCAAACACAUGAAACUAUUUUCAAAAGCAUGUCCAUCGUAGUAAGCCGAAAUCUAUUCUUUCAAGCGCACUAUGCUGUUGAACCCACAGUUUUGCUUGAUUUAGUUGGGAAGGAAGUCCAUGGAGAUAUGUUUGCAGUUGAGAGGGCAUCCGUUCUCUAUAAUGUUUGCUGGUUCUCUUUGAAGAGUUGUAAAUACAACGAUUCCAAGAUUAUUUGCUGUCCUUUGUCUCAGGUUCAGUUUAAAACAUUGGCUUCUUGGCUGAUGGUUGCCCUUGUACUCUGCAGUGAGGUUCCUGUACUCCUUCAAAAGGUUUCAAAGUUGCUUGCUGCUGUACAUGUAAUUUCUUCAUCUAGAGAGCUAUUUUCUUUGCCAUCUUCCAACCAAAUAUUAACGGACAGUCACUGGGCUUCAUAUUUUCACCAAGCUUCGAUUGGAACUCAUCUUAAUUACCAGUACUUCCCAUAUAGGACUGGAAGUUCUUGUGUACAAGACCUUAAUUUUGCAAAGGGUUUUGAUACAGGAGAACAAACAUUGAAGUCUAGAAGGGGACCUAUUUCUAGUCAAGAUCUGGAAGAAUUUGCAAGAAAGUUCUUUGAUGGUCUUCCUUGCAUGACUAUAGUUUGUAUUAGUUUGAUUGGAGGAGAUCUUGCUUGUUUACUACAACAAACUCUUGAUUAUCCUUCAUCUGUUCAUGGAUGGAUACUGGUGUCAUAUUUAAAUUCAAAGUAUCAGCCCCUUGUUGUACUUCUGCCGGUGGAGACAAUCUUAAAAGAAGAUUAUUCAAAUCCUCAAUCAGAUGAUAUCUAUGAGAGAAAUGAUUUGAAUAAACAUUGGAAAUGUCCCUGGGGUUCCUCAGUCAUUGAUGAAGUUGCACCAGCAUUCAGAAUUAUAUUACAGGAAAAUUACUUAUCAUCCUCAGUGUUCCCUACAGAGGAUACAAAAGCGAAUAGGAUGUUAUGGUGGAAACGGAGAACAAAGCUUGAUGAUUGUCUUGGUAAAUUAUUGGGAACAAUUGAAGAUUCAUGGUUGGGCCCUUGGAAACAUAUGCUUUUGGGAGAAUUGACAAAUAGAAAGCACGCUGAUUCUGUACUUAAUACAUUGGUGCUUGAUUUGAGAUCCAAAUGCAAAAUGGACGUCAAUGAGAGUCUUCUCAAAGUUAUUUUAGAAGGUCCUGAGGAAGUUCUAGAGGCAUUUGGUUCCAACUUGAAUUCAAGGAAAGGUUGCUUUGUUGGUAAAGUAGGACUCCAUGAUAAACAAAGGUCUGAUCCUUUUCAAAACACAUUUAAUGGAGUAGACCAACUUUCUGCAUUGGCCUUAAAAUUAAUACAGGACGCGAAAAAAGAGCUUGAAGGGGAAGACAAUUCUAGUAGAGAGCCUAUAAUUUUUGUAUUGGACUAUGAUGUGCAGAUGCUUCCAUGGGAAAAUAUACCUAUACUUCAAAACCAGGAGGUUUAUCGCAUGCCUUCUGUUGGCAGUAUCUGUGCAACACUUGAUAGAAGAUGCCGUCAACAAGAGCAAGUCAGUGGGAUCAUUCCUGCCUUUCCUUCAAUUGAUCCGUUUGAUUCAUUUUAUUUAUUGAAUCCUAGUGGUGAUCUCCGCAACACACAAAUUGAAUUUGAGAAUUGGUUUAAAGAUCAAAAUUUGGAGGGGAAGGCUGGAUAUGCACCUACAUCUGCAGAGUUGAUUGAGGAACUGAAAAGCCGCGACCUCUUCAUAUACUUUGGUCAUGGGAGUGGGGCACAAUAUAUUCCAAGGCAUGAAAUUCAAAAACUGGAUGUCUGUGCUGCAAGUCUCCUAAUGGGAUGCAGCAGUGGUUCCCUAACAUUAAAUGGCUAUUAUGUUCCACAAGGGGUUCCUUUAUCUUAUCUGAAGGCAGGGUCUCCUGUUAUUGUGGCCAACCUUUGGGAAGUGACCGACAAAGACAUUGACCGUUUCGGGAAGGCAGUUCUUGAAGCUUGGUUGAGAGAGAGGUCGAGUGUCUUACCAAGUUCUCCACGGUGUGAUAUCCUCACAAAAGAGUUUGAGACCAUAAAUAUAAGUUCUAAACGCAUCAGUAAGAAAGUUGCAAGUAAAAAUCCACCUGCAGCAUGUGAAAGUGACUCAUCAAGUAGAGGCCGUCCUGUUACUAGUCGAAUGAUCGGUUCGUUUUUGUAUGAAGCUCGUGAAGCUUGCAAUCUGCGUUACUUAAUAGGAGCAUCACCGGUUUGUUAUGGUGUUCCAACAAGCAUAAAGAAGAAAAAAGACGUGUGACUUAAAGAACCAUAAAAAGAUUGAACCUUCUGCGUGGCCAGCUUGUGAAGCUCUGAUCCUCCAUUUCUUUAUAAGGGUGUCCUCACAGAUUCUUGUUGCAUCCGAACUCCCAACAGGAGGAAUCAGCAAGUGUAAAUAUCUUUCCUGUUGAGUUAUAAAACCCGGAUCUCAAGAUUUCGGGUUCCAGUACCAGACACCUGGAAAAUUACAAGAACUGCACACAAUAUGAGAAAGUGUGCAAGGUAACAAUUGUUUGUUUAUAGCAGCAGCAGCCAUCUCUUUCGUCCAUGAAAUUGUUUAUCACAUAGAAGUUUCUACUUGGUGAUCAUUUCCUCUGCUCUUUCCAAGCCAUGAGGUUAGAACCUUUCCCAAUGUACUGAUACAUGACAAUGCCAACAUUUUACUACCUUUGUGAUUGAUUGUAAAGAACUGGAUAAUGUUGAAUUCUAUACUGAUUUGUAAACGAAAAUAUAUUUCUGUAUCUCUGAUUCUGAACCAAGUUUCAGUAUGGCUGAACUUAUUGAAAUUUAGCAGUGGCCAAAAUGCAGCUCCUCCAUGCUUUGUGAUGAAAUUGCCCAUCCAAGAAGCCCA